AUGAAAUGUGAGUUUUUUUGCUUAAUUAUCUCGGGCCCAACUUUCUCAAUUUUUGUGCUAUCGAUUUUCCGCUGAAACUGAAUUUUUCUUGCUUUUUUUUUGGAAAAAUUGAAAAAAAUUUGAAAAAACGCACGCUACACUGUAGCGGCUACAGUAAUAUUAAUUUAAUUUUUUUUUUGUAAAACUCUGCAAUUUUCAGAUGCCGUUUGCUUUGGAUAUUGGUCACAUCUGGACUCAAUGGCUAUUUCAAAUUGGGCUCAAGUGGAAACGGAAAAUCUAUGGAUGAACCGGUUAGGAUUGAUGUCCCUAACUGGAAAUUCAUUGAUCGAUAUAUCAAAAAAACACGUAUAUUUUGAUUCGUUUUGUUGCUCCACUCGAUUUUGAACUGUCAAUUAUUCAAUUCAGUGUGAUCUUUGAUGAUUGAAAUGUUGAUUCAACUUGUGCGUUUCCAUGAAUUUUCGCAACUAAACCAGCAUAUCGGUUCGUAUUUUUUGCUGAUGAUUGGUCAUUUAUUCGAUUUUUGUGGGAAAUUCGAUUAUUUGUUCUUCGCAAUAUUACAAUUCGAAUGUUUGGUUGUCGAAACUAAGAAAGACACCGGAAAAUCAGACUGAAAGAUGCAAUUUGAUUGAAUUUUGGUGGAUAAUUUAUCGACGAGUUCUAUCCAGUGAGUUCUUUUAUCGAACCAGUGAUAUUUAAAUUAAAUUUUAUUCCAAUCAAAAAAUGUGAAUGAAAAUUGAUAAUAUUUUCAGGUCGUUUGAUCAAUGAUGAUUUGAUUUGA